AUGCCAUCAACCAACCGAGCGGGCAGUCUGAAGGACCCUGAAAUUGCAGAGCUCUUCUUCAAAGAAGACCCAGAGAAGCUCUUCACAGAUCUCAGAGAAAUUGGCCAUGGAAGCUUUGGAGCAGUAUAUUUUGCACGAGAUGUGCGCACCAAUGAAGUGGUGGCUAUCAAGAAAAUGUCUUACAGUGGGAAGCAGUCUACUGAGAAAUGGCAGGAUAUUAUUAAGGAAGUCAAGUUUCUACAAAGAAUAAAACAUCCCAACAGUAUAGAAUACAAAGGCUGCUAUUUACGUGAGCACACAGCAUGGCUGGUAAUGGAAUAUUGCUUAGGAUCUGCUUCAGAUUUACUGGAAGUUCACAAAAAGCCAUUACAAGAAGUGGAAAUAGCAGCAAUUACACAUGGUGCUCUCCAGGGAUUAGCCUACUUACAUUCUCAUACCAUGAUCCAUAGAGAUAUCAAAGCAGGAAAUAUCCUUCUGACAGAACCAGGCCAAGUGAAACUUGCUGACUUUGGAUCAGCUUCCAUGGCAUCUCCUGCCAAUUCUUUUGUGGGAACACCAUAUUGGAUGGCCCCAGAAGUAAUUUUAGCCAUGGAUGAAGGACAGUAUGAUGGCAAAGUAGAUGUAUGGUCUCUUGGAAUAACAUGUAUUGAACUAGCGGAAAGGAAGCCUCCUUUAUUUAAUAUGAAUGCAAUGAGUGCCUUAUAUCACAUAGCCCAAAAUGAAUCCCCUACAUUACAGUCUAAUGAAUGGUCUGAUUAUUUUCGCAACUUUGUAGAUUCUUGCCUCCAGAAAAUCCCUCAAGAUCGCCCUACAUCAGAGGAACUUUUAAAGCACAUGUUUGUUCUUCGGGAGCGCCCUGAAACAGUGUUAAUAGAUCUCAUUCAAAGGACAAAGGAUGCAGUAAGAGAGCUGGACAAUCUGCAGUAUCGAAAGAUGAAGAAACUCCUUUUCCAGGAGGCACAUAACGGACCAGCAGUAGAAGCACAGGAAGAAGAAGAGGAACAAGAUCAUGGUGUUGGCCGGACAGGAACAGUGAAUAGUGUCGGAAGUAAUCAGUCUAUUCCCAGUAUGUCCAUCAGUGCCAGUAGCCAAAGUAGUAGUGUUAACAGUCUUCCAGAUGCCUCAGAUGACAAGAGUGAGCUAGAUAUGAUGGAGGGAGACCACACAGUGAUGUCUAAUAGUUCUGUCAUCCAUUUAAAACCUGAGGAAGAAAAUUACAGAGAAGAGGGAGAUCCUAGAACAAGAGCAUCAGAUCCACAAUCUCCACCUCAAGUGUCUCGUCAUAAAUCACACUAUCGUAAUCGGGAACACUUUGCUACUAUACGGACAGCAUCACUGGUUACAAGGCAAAUGCAAGAACAUGAGCAGGACUCUGAGCUUAGAGAACAGAUGUCUGGCUAUAAGAGAAUGAGGCGGCAACAUCAAAAGCAACUGAUGACUCUGGAAAAUAAGCUAAAGGCUGAGAUGGAUGAACAUCGCCUCAGAUUAGACAAAGAUCUUGAAACUCAGCGUAACAAUUUUGCUGCAGAGAUGGAGAAACUUAUCAAAAAACAUCAGGCUGCUAUGGAAAAAGAGGCUAAAGUGAUGGCCAAUGAGGAGAAAAAAUUUCAGCAACAUAUUCAGGCUCAACAGAAGAAAGAACUAAAUAGUUUUUUGGAGUCCCAGAAAAGAGAAUAUAAACUUCGAAAGGAACAGCUUAAGGAGGAACUGAAUGAAAACCAGAGCACCCCAAAAAAGGAAAAACAAGAAUGGCUUUCAAAGCAGAAGGAGAAUAUACAACAUUUCCAAGCAGAGGAAGAGGCUAAUCUUCUUCGACGACAGAGGCAAUACCUAGAGCUGGAGUGCCGUCGCUUCAAGCGAAGAAUGUUACUUGGACGCCAUAACUUGGAGCAGGACCUUGUCAGGGAGGAGUUAAAUAAAAGGCAGACUCAAAAGGACUUAGAGCAUGCCAUGCUACUGAGACAACAUGAAUCCAUGCAAGAACUGGAGUUCCGUCACCUCAACACAAUUCAGAAGAUGCGCUGUGAGUUGAUCAGAUUGCAGCAUCAGACUGAGCUUACAAACCAGCUGGAAUAUAACAAGCGAAGAGAACGAGAACUAAGGCGAAAGCAUGUCAUGGAGGUUCGACAACAGCCUAAGAGUCUGAAGUCUAAAGAACUCCAAAUAAAAAAGCAGUUUCAGGAUACCUGUAAAAUCCAAACCAGACAGUACAAAGCAUUAAGAAAUCACCUACUGGAGACUACACCAAAGAGCGAGCACAAAGCUGUUCUGAAACGGCUCAAGGAGGAGCAGACCCGGAAGUUAGCCAUCUUGGCUGAGCAGUAUGACCACAGCAUUAAUGAAAUGCUCUCCACACAAGCUCUACGUUUGGAUGAAGCACAGGAAGCAGAAUGCCAGGUUUUAAAGAUGCAGCUGCAGCAGGAACUGGAGCUAUUGAAUGCAUAUCAGAGCAAAAUCAAGAUGCAAGCCGAGGCACAACAUGAUCGGGAGCUUCGAGAGCUUGAACAGAGGGUCUCCCUCCGCAGGGCACUCUUAGAACAAAAGAUUGAGGAAGAGAUGUUGGCUUUGCAGAAUGAACGCACAGAACGAAUAAGAAGUCUGUUGGAGCGCCAAGCCAGAGAAAUCGAAGCUUUUGACUCUGAAAGCAUGAGACUAGGUUUUAGUAACAUGGUCCUUUCCAAUCUUUCCCCUGAGGCAUUUAGCCACAGCUACCCGGGAGCUUCUGGUUGGUCUCAUAAUCCUACUGGGGGUCCAGGACCUCACUGGGGUCAUCCCAUGGGUGGCCCACCACAGGCUUGGGGCCAUCCAAUGCAAGGUGGACCCCAACCAUGGGGUCACCCUUCAGGGCCAAUGCAAGGGGUACCCCGAGGUAGCAGUAUGGGAGUCCGCAAUAGCCCUCAGGCUCUGAGGCGGACAGCUUCUGGGGGACGGACAGAGCAGGGCAUGAGCAGAAGCACGAGUGUCACUUCACAAAUAUCCAAUGGGUCACACAUGUCUUAUACAUAA